CCCAGGCGACAGCAGAAACUUCCCGGUGGGAACAAGUCUCAGCAGCACACAGAUCAUCAGCAAGGCGGCUCCAAACACAACAGGGACCACCAGAAACCCUACCAAGGAGGCCAGGCCCCUCACUCCUCAAGCAGGAUGGGCCACCACGGCUACAGCCAGAACCGGAGAUGGCACCACAACCAGAAGCACUCACCCAACGACAAAGAAACACACAGAAACACCAAAGAGGCUGAGAAUUUGAAAAUCGAGGACACCUCUGUCUGCACAGUGCAUAGUCCUGCGGAGAUGCAGUGGGGCCCGGAGGCAGUGGAGAAGCAGUCUCAGCAGUACAUCCAGGAGCUGGAGACCAAGCAGAAAGACAGUAUUCAUGAGCGCAUUGGGGAGAGACCCAAGAUCAAUUUGCUUCAGUCUUCCAAAGACAGGCUGCGGAGGAGACUAAAAGAAAAGGACGAAGUCACGGUUGAAACCACCAAUCCUGAAAAGAACAAAAUGGACAAAUUAAUUGAAAUCCUUAACAGCAUGAGGAACAACAGCAGUGAUGUUGACUCCAAGCUCACCACCUUCAUGGAGGAGGCCCAGAACUCCACCAACUCUGAGGAGAUGCUGGGGGAGAUAGUUAAGACCAUCUACCAGAAAGCGGUGACAGACCGCAGCUUUGCUUCCACAGCAGCUAAACUCUGUGACAAAAUGGCCCUCUUUAUGGUGGAAGGAACCAAAUUCCGGAGUCUGCUCCUCAACAUGUUACAGGCUGUGUGCAGAUGUGGCAGAACCCCUGCAGAACCCCAGGGAUGGCUGGGAGGAGGUACUCCCCUGGCAAGGUGUCGUAAGUCACAGAGCAGACCUGAGAUCCGGUGUCACCUUGCUUUCAUCAUUUACUGCAACUGAAACAGCCGGGAGCUGCUCAGCAAGCUGUUACAGCAGCUGUGCCGGGAUGAACCUGUGUUGUUCUUUGGUUUUGGAUGAUGGUGACAUUCAGCAACAAGGGAAACAGGCAAAGAAGAAACAAAAUAAAAUAAUGAAAAUCAAUAUUUCUUGUAAGCUAGGGUAACUCCACAUUGCUUUUAUUGCCCUGGACACAACAGAUGGGUUUAGCUGAGCAAUAUAAAAAAGAUAGAAAGAGCAGAGCUAAAGCAGGGUCCAGCAGCAAUGGCCAGAAGCAGCAGGACGUUACCCAAAAGGAGAGGAUGGCAGCCCCGCUGGGCUAGGGAGGACCCUUCCAACUUGCCCUCUUGUCACAGCACCGCCACCCCUACCAUCAGACCCAGUGAGCUGAUUUAUGGUGCAGCAUCAUGGGCAGUAAUGAAUGGAUUCACAUUCAGCUCUUCGUGGCUGGAGUGCAGGAUAAAUAAUAUAUCUCAUUUCUCCAGAGAAUCCCUAAGUGCUUCCCAGGAACGUGUAACCAGCCUCACUGUGCUUGAUGCAUGGAGGGGGAGCACGACAUCUGCCUUGGAAAGCUGCAAAGAAAUCAAAUGCAAAGA